UGUGUGUGUGUGUAUGUGUGUGUGUGUAUGUGUCAAAUCAAAGAAAAGCCUUGUGCAUGCGAUAGAAGCUGUAGGUUUCAAUUGAUCUUCAUGAAAUUUAGUCGGAAUUAUUCUCUUGACAAAAUCUAGGUUAAGUUCUAAUAUGGGCCAUCUGGAGCAAAAAACUAGGUCACAAAAAAAAUUGUGUAUGCGAUAGAGGCUGUAUUUUUCAAUUGAUCUUCACAACAUUACGUCAGAAUGAUUGCCUUGAUAAAAUCUAGAUCAAGUUUGAAUAUGGGUUAUCUGAGGUUAAAAACUAGGUCACUAGGUCAAUGCAAAGAAAAAUCAUGUGUAUGCGAUAGAGACUGUAUUUUUCAACUGGUCUUCAAGAAAUUUUGUCAGAAUGAUUGCCUUGAUGAAAUCUAGGUUUGAAUAUGGGUCAUCUGGGUCAAAAAGUAGGUCACAAGGUCAAAUCAAAGAGAAACCUUGUGUAUGCGAUAGGGACUUUUUUUUCAAUUGAACUUCAUGAAAUUUGGUCAGAAUGAUUGCCUUGAUAAAAUCUUGGUCAAGUUUGAAUAUGGGUCAUCUGGGCUCAAAAUCUAGGUCACAUAUGUAAGAAAAUACUUAUUUAAACUCAAGAGACCUCAUUUUUGAUCCAUUCUUAAUGAAAAUUGGCCAAAAUAUUUGUUUCCAUGAGAUCACUAGGUCAAACAUGUUUACACUGCUAUAGUGUGUUUCUCAGGUGAGCGUUCUGGGACCAUCUUGGCCCUCUUGUUCUGUAUUAUGCAUAUAUUUAUAAUGUACUUCUUGUUGGAUUUUUGAAGCAACCCGUCUCCAGUAUUUUUUCGUUACAGCUUCUUUUUGUUGUGGACCUACUUUGCCCUGCAUGGCUCUAUGGCUGUGUUUUGGGUGCUCUGUGCUUCCAGGAAAUAUAUCCUUACCUUUUAUCUUUUAUAAAAACAAAUACACUGUGCUUUAAACGUGCAGAGUUUAAAGUUUAAAGCACAUCAAAAAUAUCAGUUAUAACAAUACAUCUUGGUUUGACAAAAUAAAGCAUAGUUGUAAACAAGACUUUGUUUUAAAUGUCACACUUUUGCUUGGGUGCAAAAGGGGACAAAUUCAGCUAUAUAAUUUACAAUAUUUUAAAAACUGUUUAGGUCAUUUGGCUGAAAGUUCAAAGUUUUAUUGACUAUGUAAAUUUGGAUAUAAAGUGCCCCAUGAUCCUUUCCAAUGCUGAAUUAAUGUUAGCUAGGAGAAGAGAAAAAUCUCUUUACUUUGGAAACCACCCAUAUGUGACAUACUUGUAUUUUCGAAGAUUUUUAAUGUUAACUCGCAAAUGUAACCACGUCAUUUAUAUACAGCCAAUCGGAUAUUUACAACUGCAUUGAAAAACAAUCUGUUUGUAUGACUAAUUGAGAUGGAAAUCAUGGUUUAUAUUACUUCAGUGUCUUAGGUGACGGACGAAAAAAAACAACUGUUUGUACAAGGCAGGUGAUGUUACAUAUUUUAAUUAAAAGAAUUAAAGCUUACGACUCAAGAGGUUCUAUAUUGUCUUGUUCAUUCUGGUACACAACUAAAACAUGGUGGAUGCCUCUUUAAAGAAACUGACGUUACUGAUACUGAUUAUUGCAACGUGUAUAGAGAUGAUAUCCCUGUUUUCUAUGGUCAUAUUCUGGCGUCUGUCAAGGGAACAACUUCCGGAAGAUAAACAACAGCAGCAGCAACUUUGUUACAGUUUGGAUCGAUUUCUAACCUAUUCUGAUGAUACAAAUAUCUGUCCAGGAAGCUUAGAGAUGAAUAUAAAAAAUGAUACAAAAACUUGUUGCGGAAACUUUGAUGUAAUCCUUGAUAACUUAGUCACAAAGGCUCUGUCGGAAAAGUAUAAUAGCGAUGCUAAUCCUGAGUUCUCUACGCUAGAUCUUAAAUUGGACCAGUGCAAAGUGACCAGCAAGAAGCAGCCAAUGAUGAAACUUCUUGGACUCGCACGUGACAAAAAUCUGGUGAACAACUCUUCAAAAAUAUUCUGGAAUCCGAAUAUUCAAACGUAUGCUACAUCCGGUCUGACAUAUAUAUCCGAAGAAGGUACAAUUUGUGUAGGAAAGGCAGGAUACUACUUCGUCCACUCGCAAAUAAAAGUUAAAGUUAUCAGCACAACCGAUAAUGAUGACGAAGUCGAUGGUAUCUUCACUCACAACGUACAUCUGACCCACACAAAUAACAACACGAGCUCUACUAUUCUAGAAGAUACAAAAUCCCAAUGUGAAAUGGCAUCAAAAGAGUCCGAACUCACGAGCGCUGUUGGUGGUGUCUUCUGGCUUGAACAGGAAGACAGAUUGUACGUUGCAACAUCACACCCCAUACGUCUAGUACAGGGAAAUAAUUGUAUUGUUUUCAGCAUGUACAGAUUGUAACUGAUUUUGUCACAAAGAUUUUUAAAAUACUUUUUAAAUAAAACAGUAAAUUUGACUGUCUUCUGGAUAAUAACACACGCACGAACACACAAAUACUAAAAUGAAAUUAAAGAAUUUCGUUUCAAUUUGUCUUGUUUAUAAUAUCAUAAUUUUAGAGAAUUCUUAUCUUUAUUAUUGUCAAGAAGUUGUACAGAUCUGAAAAUAUAUUUAAAUCUAGAAAUUAUACAAAGUAUUGUGAUAUUUAAAAUCAGCCGAAUGCAAAUAGUUUUGUAUAUUUUGUUUUGCUCUCUUAUAAGCCUUUGAUGUUCUGUCAGCAGAAAAACAAUAUAAUCAUUAGCAGAUAAAACACAUAUGCAGA